UCUGGUAUUGGUGGUGAUUGUCAUAAUCAUGAUUGUGAGGUUGUCAAACGACAGCUUCGUGUGGCAUUGUCUGCCAGAGAUGGUUAUGCGGGAAGAGUGGCUCUGUUGGAGGCUCAGAAUGCAGAGUUGGAGGAAGAGAAUGCAAGGCUCUCGGCAGAGAAUCAACGGUUGGUUUUGGAGAACGAGAAGCUGAUCAAAGAGAAUCACAACAACUUGAUCAUGUCCUCAUCAACAACGUCAUCAUCAACAACAACAACGGCAAAGGCUACAGCAGCGACCGCGGCUGGAAAUAGUGCUUCGCCAAAUGCAGAGACGGUUAUGUCAGGCCACAGCAGUGGUCUUGAUGGUGGUGUCGGCAUCGUCAAUGCGCUCAAUGAGAAGAUCGACUUGCUGGAGAGCCUCCUUCGCAAGCAUCAUAUCGACAUUCCUGUGGCAGUGAGUGUCUCCGCUUCGCUCCGCUCGGAUGAGCUUGCUGCUUUGCCUCAGGAUGCGCAAGAUGUCGGCCCUGCGGCGUCUUUGAGACUCUCCAAGCUCCGUGAGUCUGCCGCGCCUGGUGUCGUCGCUGACGAGGCCACUCUUCAUCGCCUGCGCAAGCAGCUGGCAAGGGCGUGGUCCGCAAACGAGGAGCUCCAGGCAAAGCUCGCCGCUACGGAGGCUGAUCUCUUCAAGGAGCGCCAGGUCCUCGAGACUGAGCGGGUCAAGCUCGCUUACGCCACCGCCAGCGUCAACGCUGCAACCGCCGCCGGCACGGCCGCCGCAGACUCGCCUACUGUGCCGCCACCGCCGCAGGCGCAAGCGCAAGCACCGUCCACACCAGACCAUGUCGUCGUUGCCGAGCUCCGCGCUCUGCUCAAAGACUCGCAGGCCGAGCUUGCCCAGGCCCGCGCCGAGUCGGCGGAGCUCGCUCUCAAGCUCUCGACCGCUACCGCAUCCUGGAACUCUUACAUCCGCCACGAGCUCGGGGCCGCCGAGGAGGCGCUCGACGAGCUCAACGCUUCCCAGGUCCAGCUCCAGGCUGAGCUCGCUGAGGAGACUGCGUCGGGUACCGAACUAACCUCUAUCCUCUCGGCUGAGCUGGCAGAGACCACCCAGCAGCUCGCUCAGCUCGGCACCGCCCACGCCGACGCUGUCGCGCAGCUCGAGUCCAGCCAGGCCGAGCUCGCCUCGCUCCGCGAAGAGCUCGCCUCGGUCAUCGCCAUCGCCCGCAAGUAUGCCGGUGGCAAACGCAAGGUCUCGGCAGCCCUCAAAGAGUCCAGAGCUGCCAACGACUCGCUCGUUGCAGAGCUCAAGGCCGCAAGGACCCGACUCGCCCACCUUGAAGCCGAGCUCGGUGACGCCGAUGCUGUCGCCUCGGCCGCCCGCUCCGCCGCAGACCGCGACGCUGUCCUUGUGGCCGAUGCUGCAGAGAUGAAGCGCAUGUACGGUCCGCUCCAAGCCGCGCUCGACUCCCGCGCCAAGGAUCUUGCCGCCGCAAACGAAGCGCUUGCCGUCGCGGACGCUCGCAUCGCUGCCCUCGACUCGGACGCCGCAAAGCGUGAGCUUGCCAUCCUUGAGCUGGAGAAGGCCAACCACUCGCUUGAGCUCCUCUACUCGUCCAUCAAGAACGAGCUCUCCGCCACCAAGCUCCAGCUCGCCGAAGCCCAAGAGACCGCCGCCGCCCGCGAUGCCGCUGCCGCAGACGCCGUCGCCGCCGCAGACGCAAAGAUCGCAGACCUCUCCGCCCAGCUCACCUCGGUGCUCGACGACGCCACCGCCGAGUUCAAGGACCGCACCACCGCGCUACAGGGCGCCGCAGAUGCGGCCGCAGUCCGCGCCGCCGCCGCAUCCGCCGCCAACGAUGACCUCCGCGACCAGCUGGAAGCCUCCAACGACCAGCUCGCCGCCGCCCUCGCCGCCCUCACCACGCUCGAGUCGCAGUGCCUCCAGCUCGCUUCACCCAUGGAUGACGCCGUCCACACCCUCAAGUCGCAGCUCGCCACCGCCCACACGGCCCAGGCCGCCGCCUCUUCACGAGUCGCGCACCUCCUUGCUGAGCGCAAGUCGGCCGCUGCUGCCCUCGAGGACGCACUCGACGCCAACGCCCAGCUAGAGGCCGCCGCCGCCGCCGCCGUUGCCGCCACCGCCGCCCACGAGCGGGACCUCGCCACCAUCCGUGCCGACCUUGCCGCUGCCAAGCACUCCCUUGCCUCCGUGGAGGACGACAAGACCAAGCUCGGUGCCCUCAAUGCUCAGCUUUCAGCCGAUCUUCGCGCAGAGCAGUCGGCGCUGGCUGCCGAGAAAAAUGAGGUUGCCCUCGCCACCGCCGCCCUCCGCGCCGCAAAGGACGAUGCUGCCUCGCUACGCGCAGAGCUCGAUGCCGCAAAGGCCGACGCUGCCGCAAAGGCCGCCGAUGCAGCCUCGGCACACGCCGCGCUUGCCCGCGCAGAAGCCGCGCUCUCGGUCGCCGAAGCCGGGCAAUCCUCGCUCUCGUCACAGGUCGCCGACCUCUCGCCGCUCCGCACACAGCUAGAGUCGGCCAUCAUGCGCGCUACCUCGGCCGAGGCUGAGCUCGCCGCUCUCCGUGCCAGCUCGGCGGCGCGGCCCUCUGUCCCUGCCACUGCUCUCGAUGACGUCCACGCCGAGCUCGCCGCUCUCACCAAGAAGCAUGCCCUCCUCCGCGCCCGUCUUGCCUCUGCAGACGAUGCCGCCGCCGCAAAGGACGCGGAGCUUGCCGCGCUCCAGGCCGACUGCACCGCUCUCCGCAACGCGCUCCGGGCCGCCCCUUCGCACCCGCCCGACUCGCCGGCUGCUGACGCCUGGAAGGCCCGCGUCGAGUCACUCGAGCGCCGCGUCGCCCGCCCGCCCUCGCCCUCGCCGAGAACUGCGGCCUCGACCUCGGCCUCGGCCUCGGCACACUCCUCGCUCCUUGACGCUGCCAACGAUCGCAUCGCCUCGCUGCAGGAGAUGCUCGCAGACACACAAGCAACCGCCGCUCGUGUUCCCGAGCUCGAGGCCGAGGUCGAGCGCCUCACCCGCUGGGCAGACACGCUCUCGUCCGAAAAGAUGGGCCUCGUCUCCUCGCUCCACGAUGCCCAGGAGCGCACCCGAGCCGCUGAGGCUCAGGCAGGUGCCGCUCUCCUCGCCGUCGAGGCAACCGAGGCCGCGCUCCCACGCGUCCUCGCCCUCCUCGCUCCAGACGCCGUUCUGCCUGACCCAGUGCCGGCACAGGCCGAGCUCGCGCUCCGCACAGGCGGCAUCCAGCGCCUUCUCUCUUCGCUCUCCAUUGCUGCCGAGUCGGCGUCAUACAACCUGACCCAGGCGAACGACGCUGUCGACCGCCUCUCCAAGCAGCUCGCAGAGUCCAAGACCGUCGUCGCCGACCUCACCCUAGCCGCCGCCUCCUCGCGCUCCGCUCUCACCCAGACCUCGGCCGACAACGACGCCAUCCUCUCUGACUCCGCGAGGCCCGAGUCACAGGCUCUGGCUGCCCAGAACUCGAUGGUCCUUGAGGAGCUAGACGCCCGCAACGCUGAGCUCUCCGUUCUCGAUGGCCAGCGCCAGUCGGUCUUUGAAGAGCUCGAUCGCCUGCUACAGACCUGUGAUGACCUCUCGCGCAUGUAA